AUGGCCGUACAGACACCAAGACAAAGAUUGGCUAAUGCCAGGUUCAACAAGAAUAACGAAAAAUACAGGAAGUACGGUAAGAAGAAGGUGGACAAGGCCGACAAGAAGGCUGCACCAAUGAUCUCCAGAACCUGGCUGGGCAUCCUCAUUUUCCUCCUCGUGGGUGGUGGUGUUCUGCAGUUGAUUAGUUACAUCCUAUGA